UGUGCGGCUCUCGUUUCCGGAAAUUGCCGAAGCUCUUCGGCUUCUGCCCUCUCUCUCUCUCGCUGUCCUCGGCCCUUUCCGCCGGGCCCGAGUCGGCGGCGCCUAGCCUUUUGGACCUCCUUCCUUCCUUCCUUGCUAUCCUUGGCUGCCCGAGAGAAAGAGAGCGGUCUUUCCGUCCGCUUCUUGUGGGCCUCGGGGCGGCCUGAGGGAAGCGGGGCGGCGGCUCGGAUGGCGGACGGCGUCCCGCAGCACCAGCAGCUCCUGCCCUCUUCCUCCUCCUCCUCCUCGUCGUCGUCGUCGGCCCCUCGAGGGCUGAAGCGGGAGCCCGAGCUGGAGCAGCCCAUGCCCGCCGAGGGAGCCGAGAGCGGCCAGAGCAAGCGGCUGCGGACGGAGCCGGAGGCGGACUCGGGAGCAGCAGGAGCAGGAGGCAUGCAGAAUGAACCUCUGGCUUCCAGUUAUCAUGGGUACCCAGCAAGAGACAGUCAGGGUAACCAGGAGCCUACAGCCACUCCUGACACAAUGGUCCAGCCAUUCACCACAAUCCCAUUUCCACCUCCCCCACAGAAUGGGAUCCCCACAGAGUAUGGGGUACCCCACUCUCAGGACUAUGCAGGCCAGACCAGCGAGCACAAUCUGACAAUCUAUGGAAGUACACAGGCUCAUGGAGAACAGAACACAAAUACAGCCACCACGCAGAAUGGAUCUCUUACGCAGACAGAAGGAGGGGCACAGACAGACGGCCAACAGUCACAGACACAAAGCAGUGAGAAUACUGAGAGCAAGUCAACUCCAAAGCGGCUGCAUGUCUCCAACAUCCCCUUCCGCUUUCGGGAUCCUGACCUCCGGCAGAUGUUUGGGCAAUUUGGCAAAAUCCUUGAUGUAGAGAUAAUCUUCAAUGAACGUGGCUCCAAGGGAUUCGGGUUCGUAACUUUCGAGAAUAGUGCUGAUGCAGACAGGGCCAGGGAGAAAUUACACGGCACCGUGGUAGAGGGCCGUAAAAUCGAGGUUAAUAAUGCUACUGCACGAGUGAUGACUAAUAAGAAGAUGGUCACACCAUAUGCAAAUGGUUGGAAGCUGAGCCCUGUGGUUGGAGCAGUGUAUGGUCCUGAAUUAUAUGCAGCAUCCAGUUUUCAAGCAGAUGUCUCGCUGGGCAAUGACGCUGCAGUGCCCCUGUCAGGAAGGGGGGGUAUUAACACUUACAUUCCUUUAAUCAUUCCUGGCUUUCCUUAUCCAACUGCAGCCACUACAGCAGCCGCAUUCAGGGGAGCCCAUCUGAGGGGCCGAGGACGCACAGUGUAUGGUGCAGUACGGGCAGUACCUCCAGCAGCCAUCCCGGCCUAUCCAGGAAUAGUCUUACAGGAACCAAUCAUUAGCGCUAAAAUACCUCAGGGUGGAUAUGCAGCCUACAGAUAUGCACAGCCUGCUACCGCCACAGCAGCCACAGCUGCUGCAGCCGCUGCAGCGGCUUACAGCGAUGGUUAUGGCAGGGUGUACACAGCAGACCCUUACCAUGCCCUUGCCCCUGCCGCUAGCUAUGGAGUUGGCGCUGUGGCAAGUUUAUACCGAGGUGGCUACAGCCGAUUUGCCCCUUACUGAAGUGACGUGAGCCCCCCUGCAAGUGGGACAGCCCCCCCCAGUUCGUGAGGCCUGGCUAUUGCAAUAUUUACUAGUAGAGGAACUCUAUAGCAAGAAGAGGAGGAAAACAAAAGAAAAAAAACAAGAGAAAUACUUUUUUAUACCUCACUAUGUUCUUUGAAUAUGUAUUUUUCCUUUAAAUUUCUGCCUUUAAUUCUUUUGUUCCAAAGAUUGUGCAUUUUUGGGUUGUUUUUUUUUUUUUGGGUUGUUUUUUUAAACUGUGGUAAACAUAAUGCAUUUCCAUGUCUGUAUAUGCGUAGCUUAUCCUACCAAUCACAAAAAGAGAUUAAUAGAGCUAAGGAGCACCCUUAGGAACCAGUAUCAUGGAAUUAAAUCAGGAACAUUCAGGCGUUUGUAUUUUACAUGGGUCUGGUGCCUGAGGCCUGCAGUGAUAUAAGGAAGAGCCCCUCUCCCUCCAAAGGCCAUGCUCGUUGGCUUUAGCUGGAGCCUUCAUGCUGGUUGAAGAUAUUGCCAUCUGGCACACAUGGGCUCAGGACAGUUCUGAAAGCAUCAAGAUUUUACAAUUUUCAAGACAAUGCUCCUUAAAGCUGCCCAAAGACUUUGUCUUUUAAUGGUUUUAGGGGUCAAGACUUGAUGAUCUUAUUGCUUCUCUCCAUACACUUUACUUUAGUGAUUGUUGUCCACUACCAAGACUGUCCUUUGUUUCUUUCACUUGCUAUGGUCUUCCUCUCUUUCUGCUCUCUUUUUGCUGGAGGAGCAGCAGACGGAGGACAAUGACUAUCACACCUGAAGCCAUGGCAAACAGAGUUCUGUCUGAGAUAACCAGGAGUCUGAUGGCAGAGCUGCAAUCUAGAAGUUAGAACUGAACAAUGAUGGGGAAGGCUUGCACCAGUGCUCCUUUCAGCUAUUCAGAUCUCCAAAGGUCCAAGACACUCUUCUUUCCAUCUUGAGCUGGUUGGCUCGACUGCAAGUAUGCUACCGAAAAAUUGCAUGAAAAGAGAAUACCUGUACCCUGAAGAUCCCAGAAAAAUGGCAGAGGUGGUGGGGAAGAUCUGCUGUGUCAUAAUGCUAUCCUGGAAUAGUGUAUAGCUUUGGCAUCUGGGAGCAACCAAACAUUUCAAAACAAUUUAAGAAGAGGAAACAUUUGCUUUGAUACACAACCCAGAACCCUUAGUGGGUUAUCUGUUUUCCCACUGGAGAGAAAUGUGUAUCCAGACUGCUCAGCUUGGGACGCAUUUAGCUGAGAGAGGUGUCAGGAAUACUUGGAGCCCCGAGACUUGCCCUCCUUACUUUUUUUUUUAAUUGUACAUGGAAUGCCCUUUAUUUUAUGCAGUGGGUGUCUUGUAAGUUACUAUAGAAGCAUGCGUGUGACAACAAGUAAGCCACUGCUUUCAAAUAUCUGUUGCUAAUUUUGGAAGUCAAACUAUCAGAAGAGAUCCUGCAUUGCCCUCUCAGCUUUCAUUAUUCUCUUGGCACCUCUUACAGAUUCUCUGCAGCUUUUACCUUUAAUAAAACCCUACAUGUUAGAGAAGCACAAUUCCCUUUGGCUCCAUGGCCUGCCUAAACUGGUACUGGGUGACAUUUCACCCCAUGAAAGGGCAGCUAGGGGGUGGACUUGUAGCUAAAGCCUGCUCAGUUCAUGUCAUCAUCUGCCCACCAACGUCAGUAUAGGAACAGAGACAUCCUGAAACACUUCAGUGAGCAGGACUAUCAAGGAAGUGCACUGACCCAGCCACACAUGACUCCCAUCUUUGCUCCCACUCCCAUUGUGCCCUCUCAGUGCUUGCACCGAGGAUGCUGGAGAAGAUGCCUGAAGAGAGAAGGGCAGGGGAGAUUUUAAUUAAGCUAGAGACUCUAACUGUGUUCAUUCUCUGGAACAAGGUGACACCAAACUGCCAGCCUGUUGGCCACUUUUGUUUGUUUGUUUUUUUUUUUUUUUUUGUCUUAUUUUUCAAGCCAAAGUUUGGUUUGUUGAUGUUAUGAUGAUUUCUGUUGUGUUGUGCUUUUUAUUUUUACUUUUAUUUUUAUUUUGUAUAUAAAUAUUUUAGUUAGCUUGAAAAAUGGGGAGAGGGGAAUGAGGGGUUCCUGGGCUUUCACAAAAUCAAGGAAAUGUGAAAGCAACAUUUUUUUCUGGCUUACCUAAAUGCCUAGUGUUAUGUUCACCAGAAGCCCGCUUUCAGUACAAAGCAGUUGAUGGUGGGAUUAGACUUGAUUCCUGCCCACGGAAUGAGACACAUUAAAGAUCUCUGAAAUGAAUUACCAACUGUGUGAUAGGAAAACCCUUCUGUUAACAUUACAGAAAAGAUGGAGGUUGCAUAGCUGUUUCCAUAGUAAUUGGGUCAGCCUGGCUGUCUUACAUACAAAAUACUGAACAUUUUGGAUACAGUGGAUUUUACAGGCUAUGCAGCUCCUCUGUUAAGAAAGCUGGACCCACUCAGUGCUGGUCAUUAAAGCUGGAUGGAGUCAAUAGUCCAUUAUGUUAAAGAUAGUUCCUAGUUUGAGAGUCAGCUGCUCAUUUAAGUUGCAUUGGCACUAGGGUCAUUUGCAGGGUGACUUUGGCCAACACACUUCCCUUGUCUGUUUUUGUAUCUGUAAAUUGGAAGGGCAAAGCAACCUCUCUUUUAUGAAACACAGUGAGAUCCAUGGUAAAGAACACUAUUAUUAACAAUACAUUCAUGCCUCUCUGUCUUUUAAAAUAGCCAACAAAAUGAUUUUGUAGUACAGCUCUUUAGCAAGAUACCAUUUACCUUUUGGUUCCUAGAACACUUCAGAUAUCUGAAUAGAGUGGAUACACAUUUUUUUCCCUGACCAUUUCCCAUAUCCAUGUCUAGUCAGUGUGGGGGCACCUUAGAUUUCAAGAAUGGGAACCAAAUUUGGGUGACAUCUCCUUUCCGAUGUCCUGCACCUAAAGAAAAAGAGUUUGCUGUCUGCUAGGAAAAUAUGGUGCUUACCAAUUCCAGCAUGCUAGCAUGUGAGUGAUCCUGAGUGGAUGGGGUGGAGGCUAAGGAGAGGCUAUAAGGAUGUGUUCCCUGUUUACACUGAUUUUAAAAUAGGAAAAAACUAAAAUCCUAGUAGACAACAUGGAAAGCCAGUGUAAAGGUUUUAUGUGUUUAUUUUGUCAUGGUCUUGAGAAUGUCAAAUAUGUUUGUGGUAUACACCAGUAUACCUGAUCCUUUUUUGGAUAAAACACUAUUUGGUGAUGUUAAUUGUCUGAAGAGCCCAGCCCCCUUCCUGCACCUUCUCUGCCCUAUCUUGUUUGGAAGUUGCUUUUAUUUACAGUGUAAUAAAACUAAGCCUCCAGUUACUGAGGCAAGUUAUCUUCUCAUAGAGUGAAACUGGGCUUUCUAGUGUGUUUUGCUAGUGUUCGUCCCCCUUCCCACCUUCCCUAACAUUCCCAUCUUAAUUUCAAAAUGGAGCAUACAUCAUUGCUUCACAGAGGAAGGGGCAGAAAAUGACAGAAAGACACUAGCAUUCAGAGCUGGCUGCCCUAACUAACCAGACACUACAGAAAUCUUGGUAAUCCUUCUGCAGUAGUUUUGUCCAUCUUUCCAGGCCACCAUCAGUUCCAGGUUAUUUAGGAAUACUUUUAGGCAAAUUGAAUCUAAGCACUGCCAGUUGACAAAGACUGGAAAGUGAGGGUUGUUUAAAAAAAAUCCUGCUCAUUAGUGGUUGCAAUCUUUCCUGCCAACUUCCCCGCCCCCAUAAAGCCGUCCUCUGGAGUCUGCUAGGACUCCAUUUGUCUAGGAGUCUGCAUCAUGUCACUUAGUUAAUGGUUGAAUUUUUUUAAAGGAAAAUUGUAAGCCUUUUUUUGGUCUUUGUCCCUUUUGGAUGAAACACUAAAGGUCCUUUGUUGCUUUUUGAGGAAGAACUGUCAAGGAAUUUAGCUAUCUAUUCAGCGUAGCUAUGCACUGCAGUUUUGGCAUCUCACUUUGCCUGGAGAUUAAAAAGAGAUCCUUCUACAUUUUUUUUUUUUAAAUACCUGGGGCAAAGCUAGACCAGUGACAGACUUUAAGCUGGAUGGCAGGAGAUGUCUGACUACUCAGACUGACUUGAUAACAUUCAGAGUUGGACACUAUGAGGCCCAAAAUGCCCCAGACUGACUUGGCCUCUCCAUGCAGUGGGUCCUGCACCUCUCCCUUGCCAGGUACCUAAAGGACAUAGGAUACAUUGUAGUCUCUCUUCCCUUGGAUAAUUUCCCAGGAUGCCUGGGCUGUUUGUCCAGGUCUUCUUCCCUGUGCACUCUGGAAAAGGAAUAUCUGGAUUCCAGGACUUUGUGGCAGCCCCUAACACCCUCAACCUCCCACCCCCAUUUAAGUAUCAUAUUGUACAGUAGCUUUCAAACCAUACAGUAUUCAUUGGGUUACUCUUAUUAUUAUCAAGUAGCUGGAAUUGUGAAGGUCGGAGUAGUUAGAAUUUUAGCUUUUAUUCCUUUUUUUUUUGUAUUACUAUCCAUGUGUAUAAAUUAUUGAUCAUGUUGCUGGCUUUUAUAAACUCUAAGCAAGGGAGGAUCCUUUCCUCACCCUUUGCGAAUGGUAAUGAAGCACUGUUUUUAAAUAAAAGAGAGAAACACCA